CAUUCAAUUACCAUACACUCUUUCUUUUCCAGACAACCUUUAAACAACCGCUACACCCAUCGCAAUGCUCUAACAAACACUACAUCAACCUCACAAUAACCUGAUUUCCCAACCCACAUCACCCAUACCACAAAAAUGACCACCUCACCACCAGCACAACCCCCCGACACAACCAAAACCACAACCUCACCUACACCAGACACUACCACCACCACCAACGAGACCACCACCGCACACCCUCGCCCCACAAAAUUCCGCUUCAAAGACCCCUCCCGAAAGCGCCAUCGCCACCACCACUCCUCCCACUCCUCCCACAAAGACCACCAGCGCACCCCCUCCCCAAAACGCAGGAAACACCGCGCCCCGCACCGCCGCAAACACAACACCUCACCACCUCCCUCCCCAUCACAGCCCACAUCGCGCUUCUCUCCCAGCACCGCCUUCCGGGAAUCCCUCUUCGACGCGCUGGGCGACGACGAAGGCGCCGCAUACUGGGAGUCCGUCUACGGCCAACCGAUCCACACAUACUCGGUGCCGGAGGUGCCUAAGGGCCCGAAUGGCGAGCUGGAGAUGAUGGACGAGGAGGAGUACGCGGCGUAUGUGCGACGGAAGAUGUGGGAGCGGACGAGGGAGGGGAUGCUUGCUGAGGAGGAGAGGAUGAGGGAGGAGAGGAGGAAGGUGAAAGAGAAGGAGAGGAGGAGGGAGAGGGAGAGGGGGAGUGGGAGAGGGCUGUGGAGGAGAAGGAAGAGGAGGAGAGGGUGGAGGGGGGUUUGGGGGAGGUAUUGUGCUUGUUGGGGGGAGUUGGAUGGGGUAGUUAGGGGUGGGGAGGAUGGGGUGGGAAGUGAAGGGGGAAAGUUUGAGGAGGUGGUGUUUUGGCCGGUUGAAAGUGGGGAGAGGAGGGAUGUGGGGAGGAAGGAGGUGGAGGAGUUUAUGAGGGAGUGUGCGAGGGUGGUUGAUGAGGAGGAUAUGGAUAAAGAUAGGGAUAGGGAUGGGGGUGGUGGGUUGCUGGGGCUGUUGAAGACGGAGAGGGUGCGGUGGCAUCCGGAUAAGAUUCAGCAUCGGUAUGGCAAGCUGGGGAUUGAUGAACGGGUGUUGAAGAGUGUGACGGAGGUGUUUCAGAUUGUGGAUCAGAUGUGGAAUGAGGAGAGGAAGAAAGGAAACUAG